AUGGGAGGCACCACUGGCCGGACUGCCCACCUCGCCACUUCGGAGCCGCCGCCACCCCCGUCGCAGCCGCUGCCCAGGGAGACCUUCGCGCCCAGCUAUGGGAGCGCUUUCCACUUGCCGGACUCCUCCUGCUCCUCCUCCUCGCAGCAGCCACACUCGCCGGCCCUCUACUACUCCAGCUCCACGCUGCCGGCGCAGAGAGUGAGCUCGCCCUUGUCCAUGCAGCAGGUGGGCUCGCCUACCAAGCUCCAGCGGGCGGACUCCGCCUCCGAGAGCGGCGGCGGGGGCUACGGCACCACGCAGCGGGUUUCGUCUCCCAAGCAGUCGCCCAGCCGCCUCGCCAAGUCCUACAGCACCAGCUCGCCCAUCAACAUCGUCGUCUCCACGGCGGGGCUCUCGCCUUCUCCGAUCCGGGUCACCUCCCCGCCCACCAUCCAGUCCAACAUCUCCUCUCCCAUUCAUCAGCUGAGCUCCACCAUCGGCACCUACGCGACCCUCUCGCCCACCAAGAGGCUGGUCCACCCUUCCGAGCAGUACAGCAAACACUCCCAGGAACUAUAUGCCACGGCCACUUUGCAGAGACCCGGAAGCCUAGCAGCUGGAUCCCGGGUUUCAUACACAAGUCAACAUAGCCACCUGGGCUCAGAACUCAGGGCACUACAAUCUCCAGAGCAUCACAUAGAUCCUAUUUAUGAGGACAGAGUGUAUCAGAAGCCCCCUAUGAGGAGUCUCAGCCAGAGUCAGGGAGACCCUCUUCAACCAGCACAUACAGGCACAUAUCGCACUAGCACAGCCCCAUCUUCCCCUGGUGUCGACUCCGUACCCUUACAGCGCACAGGCAGUCAACUCGCCACACAGAAUGCAUCAGCGACCUUCCAGAGGGCCAGCUAUGCUGCCGGCCCUGCCUCCAAUUACGCAGACCCCUACCGACAGCUGCAGUAUUGUCCUUCUGUUGAAUCACCAUACAGCAAAUCUGGACCAGCCAUCCCACCUGAGGGAACCUUGGCUAGGUCACCUUCUAUUGAUAGCAUUCAGAAAGAUCCCAGAGAGUUUGGAUGGCGAGAUCCGGAACUUCCAGAAGUUAUUCAGAUGUUACAGCAUCAGUUCCCCUCUGUACAGUCUAAUGCUGCUGCUUAUUUACAGCAUUUAUGCUUUGGCGACAAUAAGAUAAAAGCUGAGAUAAGAAGACAAGGAGGGAUACAAUUACUGGUGGAUCUCUUGGACCAUCGAAUGACAGAAGUCCACCGUAGUGCCUGUGGGGCUCUGAGGAACUUGGUAUAUGGGAAAGCUAAUGAUGACAACAAAAUUGCUUUGAAAAACUGUGGGGGUAUUCCAGCACUAGUACGAUUACUCCGGAAGACUACAGAUUUGGAAAUCAGAGAACUGGUCACAGGAGUCCUCUGGAAUCUAUCUUCUUGUGAUGCACUGAAAAUGCCAAUUAUCCAGGAUGCUCUAGCAGUGUUGACCAAUGCAGUGAUCAUUCCUCAUUCUGGAUGGGAAAAUUCCCCCCUUCAGGAUGACCACAAAAUUCAACUUCAUUCAUCACAGGUGCUGCGCAAUGCCACUGGGUGCCUAAGGAAUGUCAGCUCUGCUGGAGAAGAAGCUCGGAGAAGAAUGAGAGAAUGUGACGGACUUACUGAUGCAUUGCUUUAUGUGAUUCAGUCUGCUCUAGGAAGCAGUGAAAUUGAUAGCAAGACCGUUGAAAACUGUGUGUGCAUUUUAAGGAACCUCUCAUAUAGACUCGCUGCAGAAACAUCUCAGGGACAGCAAAUGGGGACUGAUGAACUUGAUGGUUUACUUUGUGGUGAUGCCAAUGGGAAAGAUGCUGAAAGUUCUGGAUGCUGGGGCAAGAAAAAGAAGAAAAAGAAAUCUCAAGAUCAGUGGGAUGGAGUUGGUCCUCUCCCUGACUGUGCAGAACCACCAAAAGGAAUCCAGAUGCUAUGGCACCCAUCCAUAGUCAAACCCUACCUCACACUUCUCUCUGAGUGCUCAAAUCCAGAUACACUGGAAGGGGCAGCUGGUGCACUACAGAAUUUGGCUGCAGGUAGCUGGAAGUGGUCAGUAUAUAUCCGUGCUGCAGUACGGAAAGAAAAAGGCCUGCCUAUACUAGUAGAACUUCUUCGAAUAGACAAUGAUCGGGUGGUAUGUGCGGUUGCAACAGCUUUACGAAAUAUGGCCUUAGAUGUCCGAAAUAAAGAACUAAUAGGCAAGUAUGCCAUGCGGGACCUGGUUCACCGGCUUCCAGGAGGUAACAACAGUAACAAUUCAGCAAGCAAGACCAUGUCUGAUGAUACCGUAACUGCCAUUUGCUGCACCUUGCAUGAAGUCAUCACAAAAAAUAUGGAAAAUGCCAAGGCCUUACGAGAUGCAGGAGGAAUUGAGAAACUUGUUGGCAUUUCCAAAAGUAAAGGAGACAAGCACUCACCAAAAGUAGUGAAGGCAGCAUCUCAGGUCUUAAAUAGCAUGUGGCAAUACAGAGAUCUGAGAAGUCUAUACAAAAAGCGGGUGGCCCCAGACUUCAGAGUGGCUGAGGACAGAGGAUUUUCACCUACCCAUCAUUCUGAGUCAUGGCACGCUCAGCAUUCCCUCUCCCAGAACCAAGAAAACAGAAUCUAUUCCCAGACCCAGGAUGGAUGGUCACAGUAUCAUUUUGUAGCUUCAUCAUCAACAAUAGAGAGGGAUAGGCAAAGACCGUAUUCUUCCUCACGCACACCUUCCAUCUCUCCGGUGCGCAUGUCUCCCAACAAUCGUUCAGCAAGUGCCCCAGCCUCCCCUCGGGAAAUGAUCAGUUUAAAAGAAAGAAAAACAGAUUAUGAGUCAACUGGAACAAAUGCUACUUACCAUGGGAAUAAAGGAGAGCAUACUUCUAGAAAAGACACCAUGACAGGUCAGAACUCUGGAAUCUCUACUUUGUAUAGAAAUUCUUACGGUGCACCUGCUGAAGAUAUCAAACACAACCAGGUUUCAACACAGCCGGUCCCACAGGAGCCCACAAGAAAGGAAUACGAACCAUAUCAGCCAUUUCAAAAUUCAUCAAGAAACUAUGAUGAGUCCUUCUUUGAAGACCAAGUGCAUCAUCGCCCACCUGCCAGCGAGUACAAUAUGCACCUGGGACUCAAGUCCACUGGCAACUACGUUGAUUUCUAUUCUGCUGCUCGGCCCUAUAGUGAACUCAAUUAUGAAACAAGCCACUAUCCAGCCUCUCCAGAUUCCUGGGUUUGAGAUUUGGGCAAGAAAAAAAGAAGAGGUCCAGGAACUGUGCAUGUGCAUGCAUAUCACAAGACAUUCUUUUCCUGCAAAUUUAGUUUGUUAAAGCCUGUUCCAUAGGAAGGCCCUAAUACUCAGUCUGGAACAAUUAAGGUAUCUUUAGAUGGCUAAAAUAAUGGGAAACUAAGCGCGGGAGUGUUAUUAGGAAGAGUGGGAUGUGUAUCUAUUUCUGUAUCUAUAGAAUCCUAUCUCUUAAAUAUAGAUAUAGAAAUAUACUGGGGGGAGGGCAGCUUUGCAGUUGACCUUGUAAUGUAGAGUUUAAAACAAAUAGUACUGUACACUGAAUGUGGCUGAAGGAAGUUAGGGAAGUUACAACCAUUGAAGUGAGUCCAGAGUUAAGCACAAGAAAAUGAACAGUUUACAAACCUUAUGGGGGACAGCUUCUCACCCUUUGUUUCCUCUCUUCAUCCAUUGUGAAUUUAGGCUUCAAGUUGCAUUUGGGAUUUCCUCUGUACAGCAAGAUGUUUCUUGCCUUUUGUUAAUGCAUUGUUGUAAAGUAUUUGAUGUACAUUACAGAUUUAAAAACCAGAGAGAAAGAGAGAGCAACGUGCAUUGUGUAUAUUACAUCAAUGCCACAGUGUUUCUUCAUCUAUGGUUCUAAAUAUUGCUUCAAUUACACAACUUUGAAAUAUGUAUGAAUUUCCAGGGGUAGGGGAGGGUUUUUUCUUUUUUUUCUUUUCCUUUUUUCUUUUCCCCAGUAUGUUUUAACAGGAGAAAACAAAAACUGAUAUUUAGCAGUAUUGUUCGUUCUGAUAUGUGAAUUUGUUUGUGGCAACUAAAAAAAAAGGCAUUCAGCAGUUUCUGACAAUUAACAUUCAUCAUUCCACACUCCUUGUCAACAAAGUGCUUUUUCACUGCCUAAAAUUUUAGAUGUAGAUAUUUGAAAUAGAUUUUUUUCAUUUAUACCAGUUUUCUUUAUGAUGAUACAGUGUUGAAAGAAAAUAAAUUACAAUUGAUCUGU